CCAGACCCGGGAUCCAGAGGACCUUUAUGUAUGAACUGCUCAAACAUAAGUGAUAAAGGAAUGUGUGACCAUGUACAACUCUGUCCAUCUGACCAGGUGUGUAAAGUAGAGAAGUUUGAUUUAGGUAAUGGGUUCCAGUACAACAUGGGCUGUUCCCAAGUACAGACAUGCACAUCAAAGCGCUCAGUCGACGGCCGAGCUAGUGGUAGUGUUCCCAUUUGUUCACACUGUUGUCGCCCAGAUUUCUGCAACCUCAACUGUACUUCAACAGUAGAUCCGGGUACAGGUAUCAUUGGCUAAAUUGCUGUUACUUCACGAUGAACAUCCCUGAAAUUUUUUAAUUGUAUUAUUAAAAAUAAAAUGGUACCAGGAUACUUUUGUAUUCCUUUUUGUUUAUUUUAAAUGUUUAAAUAACCACUAUUUAGCCGGUUGUUAUAUUGACUAACUGAUCGCAGUUCCCAGAAAUGUCGCUCACUCUCACUGCAGUCAGCAGUCAACCGUUUAUUUGUUAUUGAUCGAAAUAAAUUUCAUAGUAUUAAUUGAAUAACUAUCAUGUAUUUUACACAAAAUGGCAUUUAACUGUCUGCUUCCUGCGUCUAUUAGACAUUUUGUGAUUAAAGUCCUCUAAUUCUACAAUCAUAUUGUAUUAUGAUCACAUCAUAUAUGUCAUUGUGACAAACCCUUGACGGCUUUACACCUCUUACAGAUAGAUUCGAUUAAAAAUUAUCUUGUAUUUUUUCUGUACUUCCGGCGGAUCUUCCUUAUACAUUUGUACCCUGUUCGAAAUGAUGAAAUCAUUUUAAAAUCAUGUCGGCCUUUGCCUCUUGAAAACAGUUACUGACUCAAUGACAUCAUAUUAGUAUCAAAUCCGAGAAGAAAAUUAAUUUAAUAUGGGAAUAAGUCUAGUUAAAUUUCCUGUCUAAUAUUCUUUAUUCUUGUUCACGUUAUUUGUGACCUUAGGUGCAUUCUGUGAUAAUAUUCUAUGAAAACAGGAAACAA